AUGACUUCGCCUUCUCUUCGGAUACCCACCAUCCUCAGGAUGAAGUACUUGACCUACUACCUGUCUAUCAUUCUCAACUCGGUGGGAAUCACCUCGGUUACGCAUCAGACCCUCAUCUCCGCUUGCCUAGAGUUGUGGAAUCCCUUCUGGUCUAUGCUUGCUGCGCUUAAUGUUGAUCGACUUGGCAGACGAAUGCUGUUUAUGAGUUCUCAUACUGACAGCCUAUAUCUAGGCAAUCGCCAUGCUAGUAGCUUACAGCAUCAUCACCGGGUUAUCUGGAAGCUUCGCGUCUACUUGAGACUCUAUUACUUUUUCGGCUACGAUAUUGCUCUCACACCUCUCGUCGUGAGCUAUCCCAUCGAGAUCUGGCCUUACAACACGCACGCCAAGGGUUUGGCGCUCACCCAGGUGGUCUCACUAGGUUUCACCUUUUUCAACACCUUUGUUAACCCGAUCGCCCUCGACGCCAUCCGGUGGAAGUACUACUUUGUAUUCCUCACCACCAUCAUCGUCAUGAUCUUUGUCCUGUGGUUCUAUUACCUCGAGACCUGCAGCCUUACACUUGAGAACGUGGCCUUAUUGUUUGAUGGCGACUCGGCCCACGUGGGUGUUGCGACAGCUGAGAACGCCAUCAAGACCAGCUACGCAAAGCAUCAGCACGUCGAAGAACCUCAGACCUAG